AUGCCGCACAAGUCAAAGAAAGGCAAGUCUGAGAGAUCCAGCAGAAGGGGAAGCAAACAGCAUGAAGAUGAUCAGGACUCUGAAAAUGAGAAGAAGAGCGUGGGCUCCAGAAAGCCUCCCAGCGCUCAGCUGCUGCGCUCCAAGCAGCCGUGUGUCCCGAGCGCGCUGAAGAAACACCGCAGACUGAGUGCCUCGUGUUUCCCCGUCAGCCUCAACCGAGAGCUGCUGCCGCUGGACACGCUCACAGAUGUGGCUCCGGCCGAGCAGGAGAAGCUCUUCAUCCAGAAGCUGCGUCAGUGCUGCGUUCUGUUCGACUUUCUGUCCGAUCCGCUCAGCGACCUGAAAUGGAAGGAGGUGAAGCGGGCGGCGCUGAGCGAGAUGGUGGAGUACAUCAACCACAAUCGCAGUGUCAUCACGGAGCCCAUUUACCCGGAGGUGGUGCACAUGUUCGCUGUGAACCUGUUCAGGGCUCUGCCGCCUUCAUCGAACCCGACGGGAGCAGAGUUCGACCCGGAGGAGGAUGAACCCACUCUGGAAGCAGCCUGGCCUCAUCUGCAGCUGGUGUACGAGUUCUUCCUGCGGUUUCUAGAGUCGCCCGACUUUCAGCCGAAUAUUGCCAAGAAAUACAUUGACCAGAAAUUUGUGAUGCAGCUUCUGGAGUUGUUUGACAGUGAAGAUCCACGAGAGAGAGAUUUCCUGAAAACCACCCUGCACCGAAUAUAUGGAAAGUUUCUCGGGCUGCGCGCUUACAUUAGAAAGCAAAUUAAUAACAUAUUUUACAGGUGAGCAGUGCC